AUGACCAGGAUAUCUAAGCGAAAGCCAAAACUGGAGCGAAGUUUGAGUUCACUUUCGUCUCAAAUUCAUCUUUUUAGAGAGAAGAGCACAUCGCCCUCGAAAAACGGAUCACAGAGUAAAAAUGAGAUUUCAAGCUCGAAACCUGUUUGUUUGAAUCACGAAACUUCAGUUUCAGUUGAAGACAAAUUGCCAAAUGUCGAAGACCAAUGGUUUUUGAAGUUCUCACCAAAAUCACUAGAGGAAAUUGCACUUCAUAGUCGAAAGUUGGGAGAAGUUCAGCGGGGACUCGAAAACAUUAUCUCGAGUGUUGAUAGAUGUCGGAUUUUGGUUCUAACGGGGCCGUCUGGCUGUUCGAAGAGCACUUGUGUCAAAUUAUUGGCUCAAAAACUGGUACCGAAAUAUCGAAUCAAUAGCGUUAAUUCUUUGAGAUCCAGCAGCGAUCCGCAACCUUGCAUUGUUGAAUUUCGUAACGACACAUUGGGCCGCGAAUUGUCGAAUGUCGCUGCAUUUGAUGAAUUUUUGGCACAAGGAAGACUGAAAAAGGGUUCCAGCCUUGCAGUGUUGCUUGCAGAGGAUUUGCCCAAUGUGUUCCACAUUACUACACGAAUAGCAUUUCAAGGGUCUCUCUUACGCUGGCUGUGCACAGAGGAGUCAGGGUUGCCGCCUCUUGUCAUAAGUCUUACCGAAUGUGAACUUCACAGCGAUGAAGGAAGUAACGCAUCCUACGGAAUUGAGACGCAAUAUAUAGCAGAGACGGUGUUAGGGAAAGAAGUUUUGUCGCAUCCUAAACUUCAUCGCAUCAAAUUCAAUCCCAUAAACAAGACCCUGAUGUCAAAGCAUUUGAAAAGUAUAGCACUAUCUCAGAAAGAUGAUUUUGCACCUCAAAGAUGGAACAACCUCACACCUUUUAUUAAAAAUCUUGUCCUUCAUUGCGGUGAUGUUCGCUCAGGUAUAUCAGCGCUUCAAUUUUGGGCAACAUCCAAUGCUGACUUGUCUGGAUCAGGGGGCUUUGGAGGAAGGGAAGAGACCAUUUCAUUCUUUCAUGUCAUUGGAAGACUUUUACAUGGAUCUAAAGACUAUGAUAGUCCCAAUGAAAUGCUCAAUGAUCUAAUUGCUGCAAAAGCACACUUCUCUGAUAAUGAUUUAAGACUGGGUCUGCUGGAGAACUACACAAGCUACAAUAAGCAAAGUUUCCCAACAACGAUCGCGGCAAGCUUAGUGGAUUCGUUGAGUACCAGUGACAUAAUAAAAUUUGACAAUAACACAAUUCAAGAAGGUUCUGAGUAUGCCUUCCGGAAUGCACGCAAUUUGUUAGAUGCUCUGCAGACGGAAAAUUCUAAAUCACCAACAUCUCACGCGAGAUUAAGUUUCCCAAGAGAAACGAAAGUCAGGCGAUUACGAUCAAAUUUCAAGAAAGAAGUAGACGCCUUCUUUUGCUUGGAAUAUGAAAAAUAUGGUCAAGUCCGCCGUUACAAGGAUGUCACGCUUCUGUUUGGAUAUUACGCACCAUUAAUAAGGAGGAAGCGAAACUACCGGAAAAAGGUACUUCGACACUAUCUUGAGAAUCUCCAAAAAGACUCUGUUGAGGCUCGAGCAGCGAUCAAUUCUUUUCGAGAUAGUCUGUGCAUAGACGAGGAAAUUGACAUAUUGAGUCGCCUAGGUGGUGAAAUAGGCAUGAUCGGGGAAGAGCUAGAAUUCCUAGGCUUGGAGGAUACAAUAAAUUAUAAAAAUGCUAGUUCUUCCAAGAAAUAUGAAGGUUUUACAAGACGGGAGUUCAAGACUCAAAAUAAUGAUGACGAUGUCGCUGUAAUCGAAAGUGAUUUCGAUGAAGAUCCCAUUCUGGACAGUGAAGGCCCAGAAAGCGACAUUAGUGGCGUAAAUGAAUUGCCAGAAGAUAAUCAAACAGGUGAGAGAAGCCAGGUGCGUGAGAGUACUCACCACGGCAUUGACGAUGGAAGUGACGAUGGAAGCGAUAAUGACAGCGAAGAUGAUGAUACUCUUUAUGAAAUCUUAGCGUCGCAGUCGCCUCGGAAGCUUCUAAGUCCAAGCAACCCACAUCGUGAAAUGGAACGGGGAGAGAAUGAUACAAAGGAGGAUGACAGUGUAGAGUCUAUUUAA